AUGGCAAACCAUUACGAAGCGUUGGGGCUGGGUCACCGCCAGUUCGAUGGAAGCCUGACUGCUCAAGACAUCAAGCAGGCGUACCGAAAAGCUCUGCUCGAACAUCAUCCGGACAAGGCGCAGACUGGAGACACAGCCCGAAGCGUGGAUUCCAUCACGGUCGCAUACAAAACUUUGUCCGAGCCCACGGCCAAAGUUGAUUAUGAUCGCGAACUACGUUUGCAGCAUGCGCGCAACAAGGGCGGCGACAAGAUCUUCCACACCGGACUUGAUAUUGUAGAUCUGGACGACUUGGACUACGAUGACAAGACUGGUGAAUGGUGGAGAGGAUGUAGAUGUGGCCAGGAUCGCGGCUUCAUCAUUACGGAAGAUGAACUCGAGAAUGAGUCGCGCUACGGAGAGCUCGUCACCGGUUGCAAGGGUUGCAGUCUUUGGCUCAAAGUCUUGUUCGGAGUUGAAGAAGAUGGAGAGCAGGAUAUCCAAACCGCAAGCUGA